AAGGGAGGCGGAAGAACCUCUGGGUUCUGCGCCCCGGAGUUCUGGAACCCUGAGGGGCCGCUCGGGGUACAAGAAAGGGCCGCCGGGGCGGGCCUGCCGCGCUCGGGGUGCCAGCGCCGCGGGUCUGAGGGAUGAGGAGGCGCCAUGGCCAGCGACGGGGUCAGGAAGCAGUUCUGGAAGCGCAGCAACAGCAAAGUCCCGGGCAGCAUCCAGCAUGUGUAUGGAGCCCAGCACCCCCCCUUUGACCCCCUGUUACACGGCACCUGGCUCAAGGCCACACCCAAGGUGCCGACCACCCCCGUGAAGGCCAAGAGGGUCAGCACCUUCCAGGAGUUUGAGAGCAACACCAGCGAUGCCUGGGAUGCUGGCGAGGAUGACGACGAGCUCCUGGCCAUGGCGGCAGAGAGCCUGAACACGGAGGUGGUCAUGGAGACGGCCAACCGUGUGCUGCGUGACCACAGCCAGCGGCAGGAGCAGCACGCGCAGGAGGCUCUGGGACCUGAGCAGAAGCCCAAGCCAGUGGCAGGGCCUCCUCCGGUCCCAGGCGGUGACCUCCGGCUGGUGAAGUCUGUCAGUGAGAGCCACACGUCCCGUCCCGCAGAAAGUGCCAGCGACACAGCCCCUCUGCAGAGGUCCCAGUCUCUCCCACACUCGGUGACUGUGACACUGGGUGGGGUGUCCGACCCAGGCACCCCCAGCAGCUCAGCGUUGAGUGAAAGAGAGGCCUCCCGACUCGACAAAUUCCAGCAGCUCCUUGCUGGCCCCCACACAGACCUGGAGGAAUUACGCAGGUUGAGCUGGUCCGGGAUCCCCAAGCCCGUCCGUCCGAUCACGUGGAAGUUGCUCUCAGGAUACCUUCCUGCCAAUGUAGAUCGAAGACCAUCCACUCUCCAAAGAAAACAAAAAGAAUAUUUUGCUUUUAUCGAGCAUUACUAUGAUUCCAGGAAUGAUGAUGUCCACCAGGACACAUAUAGACAGAUCCACAUAGACAUCCCUCGAAUGAGUCCAGAAGCAUUAAUACUUCAGCCCAAGGUGACAGAGAUUUUUGAAAGGAUAUUGUUUAUAUGGGCGAUACGUCACCCUGCCAGCGGAUAUGUGCAGGGGAUAAAUGACCUUGUCACUCCUUUCUUUGUAGUCUUCAUUUGCGAAUACAUAGAGGAGGAAGAUGUGGACGUGGCUGACGUCUCCCGCGUGCCCGCCGAGGUGCUGCGCAACGUGGAGGCCGACACGUACUGGUGCAUGAGCAAGCUGCUGGACGGCAUCCAGGACAACUACACCUUCGCCCAACCUGGAAUUCAAAUGAAAGUGAAAAUGUUAGAAGAGCUCGUGAGCCGGAUAGACGAGCAAGUCCAUCGGCACCUGGAGCAGCACGAGGUGCGGUACCUGCAGUUCGCCUUCCGCUGGAUGAACAACCUGCUGAUGAGGGAGCUGCCCCUGCGCUGCACCAUCCGCCUGUGGGACACCUACCAGUCGGAACCGGAGGGCUUCUCCCACUUCCACCUGUACGUGUGUGCUGCCUUCCUCGUGAGGUGGCGGAAGGAGAUACUAGAAGAAAGAGACUUUCAAGAGCUGCUGCUCUUCCUCCAGAACCUGCCCACAGCCCACUGGGGCAAUGAGGACGUCAGCCUGCUGCUGGCUGAGGCCUACCGCCUGAAGUUCGCCUUCGCGGAUGCCCCCAAUCACUACAAGAAAUGAGCCUGGGGCCACCCCAGCAGGCCUCACCCUGCCCUGGGCAGUGCCCCCACCGGGCUGGCUGCAGGCCCUCGCCUUGGACAGGCCCUGCUGGAGCAGCCCCGCCCCUGGAGCCUGCCAGGACUGGGCACCUGGGGCCGGAGCCUGCUGAGCGGGCUGCCCCUGCUGAGAUACCAAAGAGAAAGGGGUGUCCAGGCCAUGUGGGGGGCCAGUGAUGGGUCCGGUGUCUCCCUUCCCCCACCCCUGGAGUGUCCUUGCCAAAUAACCACCUCCUGGAGCCGCCAGCCCAGGGCAGCCGGAGAGGCCUGCUGUUUGGUGCCAGGGCAGAGGGAGGUGGUGGCCAUCUCAUACCUGGUUUGAAAUACAAAACUUCUGUUCUGUUGAGCGCAAGAGAAUAAAUGUAGACAAAGUACGUGAGA